GAACCCAUCACUCCGGCGCGAGGGGACGGGAGAGUGCUGGAGGAAACCGGUGUUCUUUUAUGCACAACCAAAACAUCCCAGUUUGCCUUGUAAACUUGAAGAUGAGUUCAAAGACAAACGGCCACAGGACAACGUGGCUGAAAAGUUACAAAGCAACGAACAAGUGCCAGGCAACAACACAACAGUUGGUUACGUGCUGGUUGCAGUGUGCGUGCGCCGUGGCUGUGCCCUCCUCGUCUCCUUUCAUGCAAUGCUUGAGCUUUGUGCCAUCCUCAGUGUACUCGGCGCUCAUGCGCUCCUCAGCCAAUCACAGCUGCGCUCUGUAAAUCCCGAGAAGAGUCGUGCUGGAGACGACAGAGCUCAGAGAAACAGGUGGGAGACCUGUGUGACCUUGUAAAUAUCUUACACUUACCUUAACUUUAGCCUUGGUGCUUUAAUAUUGCCCGAAAUAACCGUCAAACAAGGCCUGGUUGAAACUACAGAUGGUUAUAAAUCAACACGCUCAUAUUUCUGGAUACAACUCAAAAUUAAGUUUUGUGUAGGCCUAAAGUUAGUUUCUCAUAUCCCUUUUCUAAAGCUGCUCAGGCUAGGCUAAAGAACGGUAGGUAGAAGUUAUACGGGCUGAAAUGAUUUUGCCUCUCAAGUCAUAUCCAUGCAGUUCAGUAUUCUAUAGUCCGUUCACAAAUAAUCACAGGCAAGAAAUCAGUUGUUUGACAUUCAAAACAUAACAUCACACAGUAGUCUAACUGAUGUAUAGUUGAACAGAUCAAUAUUUGCGUAUUUUAUUUUCUGAAAAGGUUCUAAAUUGCACUCACACAAUGGUAUUUUAACAUAACACAAACUGAUCAUGCAGGCAGAAUAAUAAAAUCACUUUCACACUUUCACUUGUUGGAAACAUACUGAAGCAAAAAUUCAUGAUUUUAGAUAACAUAUCUUAAAUACAUCUCGGGUUGGAAUAAGUUUCUCUUAAAAAGGCACAUAUAGAGAUGCGGUGCAGCUAAUGGGCCUCAGCAUAUCAAAACACAAACACGUUCUGUUUUCACAGCUGUGGUGAUGUCGGAUCCAAGACAGGCUCCACAUUAAUAAAAGGACACUUGGCAUCCAGGAAAUAGCUUUCGAUAGAGGCUGUAGGGCAUUUGAUUGGAUGCUUUGCUUGUCAACUCGCUAAACUAUAUUUUUCACACAGUGGAGCAAAUGUCACUCUGUACCUGUGACUGCCCGUGCACCAUUCCUCCUUGAACACCCACAAGGCAUUUUAAACUCAGGUAUAUAGCUUACUUUGUUUUUUCUUUGGACCUCUGGAAAGGCAAAACUUCAAGGAUACAGUCCAGUAUGGGCAAACUCUGUAAGUAUUUAACAGUAUUCAACCAAUAAUGUAUUUCAUUCAUUGUAAUACACUGGUAUAAACCUAUAAACAUUUAUUAAACAACGUUUAUUUGUGUAUUAGUAUACCCCAUUUUGAAUUCUCAGUGCUGUGCUCUCUAGCUUACCUAAAUUUCUGACUCCACAGCUUUUGUCACUCUGGAGUUGCCUACUCCUCUCUUGUUGGCAGAUGUGGUCUUCUUCCUGCAGCUAAAAGCAUUCAUCAUCAAGCUGUGUAUCAUAAAGAGCUCUACAAUCGACUCUGUCAGAUAGUGGAAGGCAACUGCUCACAUCAGCUCAGCAUUCGAGAGACCAGGAGCAACCAAGUAGACUGUACUGAAGUGUAGCCAUGAGUAAGAAGGUCAUAGUGCUGGCUGUCCUACUGCUGGUGGUUGCCGUGGUGGCUACUUUCUUGGGGGUGUUGUACGGCGUUGAGAGAUCUACAGGCGACUUCUACAAAGCGGCAGUGGCAGCAGAUGCUGGCAAGUGCUCAGAGGUCGGCAGGGAUAUUUUAAAGAAAGGUGGCUCUGCGGUAGAUGGAACAAUAGCUGCUUUGCUGUGUGUUGGGCUCAUGAAUGCUCACAGUAUGGGUAUUGGAGGAGGGCUAUUCUUCACAAUCUAUGACGCAAAAACCGGUAAAGUUGAAACCAUCAAUGCUAGAGAGAUGGCGCCACGUAAUGCGUCAGAGAACAUGUUUGGCAACAGCACAGAUCUAUCACAGAAAGGUGGGUUGUCCAUAGCUGUGCCAGGGGAGAUCAGAGGUUACCAGUUGGCACACCAGCGUUAUGGUCAACUGCCCUGGCGAGAUCUGUUUGAGCCGAGUAUUAAGCUGGCAGAGGAGGGCUUUCCUUUGGGUCAGGCACUGGCCUCUGCUCUUAACAGCCACAGAAAAACCAUCGUGGCAGAUUCUGCCCUGUGUGAAGUGUUUUGUGGAGCAGAUGGUGAUGUUCUUCGGGAAAAUGAAACUAUUAGAUUUCCGCGGCUUGCUCAAACAUACCGGAAAAUAGCAGAGGAAGGUCCUGAUGUGUUUUAUAAAGGACAGCUGGCAGAGGACCUGGUUUCGGACAUUCAGAGGGCAGGCGGCAUCAUCACAAUGGAAGAUCUGCAGGAUUAUGUGGCAGUCGUGGAGCAGCCUUUGAGGCUGAGUGUGGGGGAGUACACCAUGGUUGUUCCCAACGCUCCUGCCAGCGGCCCUGUGCUCUCGCUGAUAUUAAACAUCUUGAACGGAUACAACCUAACAACAAAUAGCAUGUCCAGUUUGGAAGAGAAGAUACUCACUUAUCACCGCAUUGUGGAGGCAUUCAAGUUUGCUUAUGCGAAAAGGACAUUACUGGGAGAUCCCACCUUUUUAAACAUUUCACAGGUCAUUCAGAACAUGACGUCAGUCUGGUUUGCUGGAGAGCUCCGGAAAAAGAUCACAGACAACACAACACAUGACAUGAAGUACUAUGAGCCGGAAUUUUACCUGCCUGAAAACUAUGGCACCUCACAUGUCUCUGUAGUGGCUGAAGAUGGGAGCGCUGUAGCCGCCACUAGCACCAUCAAUCAUUACCUGGGAUCAAAGGUCCUGUCAAACUCCACUGGGAUCGUGCUCAAUAAUGAGAUGGACGACUUCAGCUCUCCAUUCAUAACUAAUGGGUUUGGCGUCCCCCCUUCACCAAACAACUUCAUCAAACCAGGCAAAAGGCCAAUGUCUUCAAUGUGUCCAACGCUGAUUUUUGACAAAAACAACAAAGUUAAGAUGGUAGUCGGUGGUUCAGGAGGUACCAAAAUUACUACCUCCAUUGCUCAGGUGAUUCUGAAUGCUCUGUUCUUUGGUUUUGACCUGAAGAAGUCAGUGGUGGAUCCCAGGCUCCACAACCAGCUCAGCCCCAAUACCACUGUCGCAGAGCCGGGCUUUGACCAGAAAAUCCUGGAUGGCUUGAAUUUGAAAAACCACCCAACACAGAACUUGAAGUCCUCAGGGGCUGUGGUGCAAGCGGUGGUCCAGUACAAGGACGGUCUCCUCGCUCAGUCUGACCCCAGGAAGGGGGGAUAUGCAGCAGGCUACUAAGGUCACAGCUCCCUGAUCACAUGGAAAACGGAAGCUGUGCAAACACUGAUUAAAGACUGAUAAAGAACAGUCCUGUCUGUCUCAUCUGACCCACACAUGUUCUCUAUUAUCUACAGUCUGAAAACAGAACACCUCAUUCCAACUUUGACCUGCUAAAUUAAAUCAUUUUAUUUCAUGUCAGUGUGACUCUGGAGAUACCUUGAGAACAAUAUUGGAAGAUGUAGAACUUGUUAUUGUUUAAAACUGUAUACAUCUUUUAUUUAUAAACUUUUUUUGUAAAUCA